AUGGAUGAAAGGCCAUAUAAUGAUCUGUGUUGUUUUUUCAGCAUGGCUCGAAAGGGGAAAAAGGUUGGGAAAAAACAAGACUUCGAUGAAGAAGACAGGGUCCGGCUGAUAAAUUUUGUGGACACAAAGCACAUUGUGGAGAUAAACAAUGUGUUGACUGAUGGACACCGGAGACGUAUUGGAGUCACCCCUUUCAAAUGGUGUCUGGAUUUAGAGAGGUCUGUAGAUAUCUGCAGUCCUCUAUUAGUUGAGCUACUUAGACGAUGGGAUGACGGUGAACAAUCGUUUCACAUAUGGAAGCAUCUUGUACCUUUAUCUGUUGUUGAUGUAUGUUUUAGUCUGGGGUUAGGUGUUGUUGGUGAAGAAGUACAAUUUGAUGCAUAUGCAUGUGGUUUAGUUGGUUCACUCUUUUGUGGUCAAAGAAUUUGUAUUAAAGGUAUAACAAACAUGAUUAGGAGUGUAAUAGGAACCGAGCAUGAUGAUGUAGAUACUGUUUGUCGUCUGUAUAUAUUGUUGUGCUUUGCCGUCUUGUAUUUUCCUAGGAAUUCAAAAGUUAUUUGCAAUAUGCCUUUUGGAAUAUUAGAUGAUAUUGAUAGUUUGGUUAAGUUCAAUUGGGGGAGUGCAGUGCACAGUUUUUUGGUUAACUCAUUAAGUCGUGCUUAUGGGGUUCAUAGCCAGAAAAAAAAUGACCACAACAUCACGUUGGCAGGGUCAGUUGUGGUUUUGCAGAUUUGGGCUUUUGAGAGGUUAGGAUUGGGAGCAGAUGAUAGGGACAUAGUGUUCCCCAGAAUUUUACGAUGGCCAAGUUUGAAGUUAAGGACUUCAAGCAUCGAGAGGCUAUUCAUUGAACGUAAUUUGAUUUUCGACUGGGCUUUGACCGAGGAAGAUCAAAGUAAUGAACUUGUUAGGGUGGCUUUAAAUCUUACAGGCGUUAGUGAAGGUGGUCAAGAACCUGGGGUUUCCAAUACGGGUGAUGUUUGGUUAAAAAAAAUUCACAGCAAUGAGAUUGAAAUAAUGGAGAUAAAGAAAAGAUUGAAGAUUUUGGAGGAUGAGGUCUUUAGUAGGAAUGAAAGUCAGCCCGUUGAAAAGGAUAAUGUUUGUGAUGAUAAGGGCCAAACUUCAGAUUGCAAUACCGAAAUAAAUGCAGACGUAAGCGAUCAUGAAGUGGGUGAAGAUGUGGGUGCAGAUGUGGGUGAAGAUUUUGGUGCACUUCAUGAACAUGAAGGUCAUGCAAAUGAAGGUAACACGGCGGUGGAUAUUUCUGAUGACAGUGGAGUUGAGAAUGAAGCCGAAGUUGGUGGGGAUGGAAAUGGAAAGUCACCAACUUUGCAUGACGUGGCUGAUAAUAUUGAUAAAGACAACCCAGUUCAUGAUGUCCAUUGUGCUGAAUUGUUGGCAAUUGUACCAUGGGUUGCGGCCAGUCAAGGAAACUGCGGUAUCGGAGGGCGUGUUGAUGUGGUUAAGCUUUACCAGACGGUUACUCGGGUAGAUUGUCCUUAUAGGAUUGUUGUGGUGAUAAAUGGUCAAAUAUUGUCCACACAUGAUUGUAUGGGUUUUCGACCAAUGGGUUAUGUUUGCAAUAUGGCAGUUAUGUUUGGAUGUAACCUCUUGAUGCAUAAUGAAAGGAAGUUGCAUCAACAUGUGCGAAGGAUUGUUUUACAUCCAAUGUAUACGACAUUGGUUGUUCACGAUAGUAAUCAGAGAAUCGCAAAGAGACGUGUUUGGAAGUUAAGCGAUUACAACAUGUUCUUUUCUUCCAAUUUGGUUAGCAUGAAAGAAAUCUUAACCGCUGAAUUUUUGUUUGCUCCAAUUGUACACGACGAUCAUUGGUGGUGUUAUGCCGUCAAAUUGGACACAAUGGAAUUCCUUGUGCUUGAUUCUCUAGGACACAAUCGAAAGAAACGAACGAGGAUUGACAAUAGUGUGGCCCGUAACAUGGAAACGUUUCUUUCGUUAUUGUUAAAUUGUAAGGAGGACAACAAGCCAUCGUUUGAAAUCCGACAUGCUUUGACCCCCAUUCAACCAAACCUGCAUGAUUGUGGAGUGAUCGUUUUAAAAUUUAUUGAGCUGUGGGAUGGUACUCCCAAAUUCAAUGGGAAUUGCAUGCCAGAAUACACCACUGAGGACCUUCAACAAAUACGGCAAAAUUUGAUUUGUGAAUGGAUUCUACAUGAUGAUAACCAGAACAGAGAAGAAGUACUUGUGUACUAUGAUCUUUACCUUAGACACUAG